AUGAACAAUUAUUCAUGUCAAGAAUAUUAAACACCAUGUCUAAAUUGUACAAUCAAUGCUAAUUAUUGUUUAUCUUGUGUUGAUGAUACUAAAUAUAUUUUAGAAUAAAAUUUAUGCAAUUGUAGAGAUGGAUAUUAUUUUAAUGACAAUUUAUGUCUAAAAUUUUCUCCUUAAUUUUAAACUAGUGUAAAUGCUUCUAAUAAAUGUCUUAAAUGUUCAGACACAAAUUAGUCUAUAUUCAAAACGAAUGCUAGUGUCAAGUUUGAUUCUACUAUAACGAAGAUUUUAAAUGUAAAUUAUGCAAAAUUGAAUGUUCUAGCUGUUAUUCAUAAUAAAAUUGUACUGAAUGCUAAGAAUAAUAUUACCUUAACGAUAUUUAAUAUUUUUGAAUUUAUAAAGAGUGUAUAGAUUUUGAACAAAAUGUUUGAGUGGAAGUAACGAAUUAAUUAUAUUAUUGUUUAUUAAAAAUGGUUUUAUCAGGAUUGGAAUAGAUAUGAAAUGUUAUAUGAAUCAAACUGGAACGGAUUGUUUUUGUUUAGGAGGAUUGGAAUAUUAUCAAUAAUACUUGAUUAUUAUGUAAUAAUUCAAAGACCUUUUUAAAUUAUAAUUUAAUUUAUUAACAAAGGCAUUAUUAGAAGUAUUAAAAUUAUUAUAUAUAUUUUAUACAAGUAAUAAUAUUGCAGAUUGUAAACCAUGUGUAAAUUAAUCAGAUAAUUGUACUUUUGUAUUAAGACAUUUGAUUUAGUUGAUAAUAAAUGCAUUUGCAAAUAAGGAUAUUAAAGAGAUAAUGUUAAUUAUUUUAAAUGCUAAUUUCCAUGUGGAAUUUGUAUUUCCCAAUAAAUUUGUACAUAAUGUUUUUAGAUCUAACAUAUUAUUCUUGAAAAGGAUUCUUGUAUUUGUUAUUAAGGUUAUUAUUUAUCUAAUUACACCUAAUGUUUAAAAUGCAAUUUCAGAUGCAAAUCAUGCACUUCAUAAGCUGAAUGCACAAAUUGCUUUAUUGAAUAGAAUUUUAUAAAAUAAUGAUUGUAUCUGUUAUUCUGAGUAUUUUUUAUCUGAAAAUAAUGAAUGUUUAUCAUGUAAUUCUAUUGAAGGUAAAAAGCAAGGAAGAUUGCAAAUAUAAAGAUUUUACUGAUAAAUAAUGGACAUAUGGAGAAGAUUGUGAUGAUGGACAUAAAAUUCAAAGAGAUGGAUGUACUAAUUAUAAAAUAAAUCCUAAUUACAAAUGUAUCAAUAAAAUACUUGAACCUUCAAUUUUUUUUUUAAUUUAGUGAUGAUUGCAAUUAAUGUGAUUUUAAUAAUACAUUAAAUUCCACUAUUUGUACUUAAUGUGUGUAAUUAUACUUCAUUCAAGAAUUAGUUUGUUUAAAUGUGCUCAAUAAUUUCGAUACUUUGUGCCGAUUGAAAUUAAAUAAUUAAGGAUAGUGUUAAAAAUGUAAAGAUAUUGUAAAGAUAUUGUUGGUUUAUUCUCUAUUUUUGAAAAUAACAUAUGUUAUUCUAAAUUUGGAGAUUUAAUAAUGA